AUGGGCCACACCGAGCCGCGCUCCGGCAGCGACAUCGUCCAUCCCAUCAAGGUCGACGAGAGCGGAGCCUUCCUGUCCUACGACUUGUCGCACCGGGCCCUCCACCGGAGGUCUCCUGCCUCCAGGAGCCAGCUCCCCGCCUUCUACGAGCUGCAGUACAGGGGGCAAGCCCUGAAAUUCAACCUGAGCCUCAACAGGCACCUGCUGGCCCCGGGCUUUGUCAGCGAGCGGCGUUUCGGCGGCAUCGCGGGCGCCAAGAUCCAGCCGCGCUCCUACAACCCGUGCCACAUGAUCGGGGAGGUGCGGGGCCCGCGGCAGGCGGGGCUGGCUGCCCUCAGCACCUGCGACGGCCUGAAAGGAGUGUUUCAGCUCAUGGACCAGGACUAUUUCAUCGAGCCCGUGUCCAGCAGCCCCCGGGAGGAGUCUCAGGAGAGCCUGGAGCAGUCUGAGAGGCGCAGGGAGCGGUGGGAGCAGAAGCAGCACAGGAGGAAGAGGAGGAGGAUCAAGCAGCGCUCCAUCAGCAGGGAGAAGUGGGUGGAGACGCUGGUGGUGGCAGACACCAAGAUGGUGGAGUUCCACGGCAGUGCCAACAUCGAGAAGUAUGUGCUGACCGUCAUGAACAUGGUGGCAGGGCUGUUCCACCACGCCAGCAUUGGGAACCCCAUCAACAUCGCCAUAGUGCGGCUGAUCCUGCUGGAGCACGAGGAGGAGGACCUGAAGAUCUCCCACCACGCAGACAACACCUUGAAAAGCUUCUGCAAGUGGCAGAAGAGCAUCAACGUGAAGGGAGACUCGCACCCCCUGCACCACGACGUGGCCGUGCUGCUCACCAGGAAGGACAUCUGUGCUGCCAUGAACAGGCCCUGUGAGACCCUGGGGCUGUCCCACGUGGCCGGGAUGUGCCAGCCCCACCGGAGCUGCAACAUCAACGAGGACACGGGGCUGCCGCUGGCCUUCACCGUGGCCCACGAGCUGGGACACAGGUACCACCCUCCUCCUCCUCCUCCUCCUCCUGUUCUCUGCGUGCACCUGGGGCUGGAGAGGGCACGGGGGAAGUGCUACGACAGCGACGCCAGCCGCGACGUCUGCAUCAACGGCAUCUGCAAGAACGUGGGCUGUGACUAUGAGAUUGACUCUCACGCCGUGGAGGAUCGCUGCGGGGUGUGCCACGGGGACGGCUCCACCUGCCACACCGUGCACAAGACCUUCGAGGACAGCGAGGGGCUGGGCUACGUGGACAUUGGGAUUAUCCCCGUGGGAGCCCGGGAGAUCCGGAUUGAGGAGGUGGCAGAAGCCGGGAAUUUCCUGGCGCUGCGGAGCGAGGACCCCGAGAAGUAUUUCCUGAAUGGAGGCUGGACCAUCCAGUGGAACGGGGACUACAGGGUGGCAGGGACCACCUUCACCUACAAGAGGACAGGCAACUGGGAGAACCUCACCUCUCCGGGGCCCACCGUGGAGCCUGUGUGGAUCCAGCUGCUGUUCCAGGAGACCAACCCCGGGGUGAGGUACCAGUACACCAUCCAGCGCCCGGCUGACAGCGAGAACGAGAUCGAGCAGCCCGAGUUCCUGUGGCGCUUUGGCUCCUGGACCACCUGCACGGCCACCUGUGGGACAG